AUGGAAACGUUAGCGAUCCCCCGACAGACGUUCGAGAAGAUCUACCUUAAUCCUCCGAUUGAUGUCAAAGGAGAUCUCAGAAACAUCUAUGCCAACCCAACGCCCCUCGGUCUCGUGGGCUUUCUUGUCGCUACCAUGCCGGUCAGCUUCCAGCUCAUGCGUUUGGGACGCGCAGGUGGUGAUGGAGCGGCGACGGUAGGAUUGAGCUUUUAUUUCGGGGGAAUGCUGCAGCUUCUGGCUUGUGUUAUGGAGUGGGUACUGGGGAAUACGUUUAGUUUUCUGGUGUUUGGCUCGUUUGGAGCCGCAUGGUUCGCACUCUCCUCCCUAAACCUAGAGCCCUUCGCAUCAGGGUCCCACUCCGUCUACGCCAAUGAGGCCGAAUUCGACGCAAGUUUCGCCUACGGCCUCAUAACCUUCGGCCUCCUAACCCUAACCUUCGGCUUCUGCGCCCUGCGCACCAACAUAAUCUUCGUCUUUUGCUUCCUGUCGGUCAGUAUCGCCCUCUUCAUCUUCGCCGGCUCCUUCUUCGCCAUGGCCCACGGCCACUCGGAAGCAGCGGCGAAGAUGCAGUUCUUUGUCGGCGGAACGUUCUUUUCUUGUUGUGUCAUGGCUUGGUAUUUGCUGAUUGCGAAUUUGUUGGAGGUGCUGGAGUUUGGGGUUUCGUUGCCUGUGGGGGAUUUGAGUCGCAGGUUGAAGGGGAUUGGGAGGAAGCCUGAGUAUAGGGAUCGGUCGAAGUCGGUUUAG